AUGAGUUCGUCAAACGUAGCUGAAAAAUCACCCCGAACUUCCAAUUCUGACACCAAAUCACCUAUUGCACAGGCAGCUCCACCACCAACACCAAAACCAACUCCGUCUCAGAAACCAAUCCCUCCAAAAAAUCCUGAAGAAUUACUUUCUCAAUGGUUGACAGAAGAGCUAGAACCCAUUUUCCACGCCAGUCUCUCCGGAAACCACGACAGAGUUCUUACCAGUCUUGCCGACGAGCUUCGUGACGAAAAUCGAGCAUUUUCGGCCUCAGAUCUCGACUCAGUGUUCAUGCAAAUCCUCACUGAAAUGGGUCCCCCGUCGUCUUUUCCAAUCCCUCUUGUGUACUUGUUUCACGUGUACCAAAAAUCGUUCCAGCUCAAAAGAGUGCUUCCCAAAAAGGACCAGUUGUACGAGUCGAAGAUCGGUAUCCUUAACGAAAUCAUAUCCCUCAGUUGUUCGUACUCUCUCAUCUGCUUUCAAAUGGACGACAUGUUUGUGAACAACGACAUAAAGGCAUCUGUGCUUCGAUUUGUCACCUCUGACGAUAUGUCAACGUUCUUGGUGGAUAUAGUAAAGAAAAGCAUUGAACAGGAGACCCUCACGGAGCUCAUGAAUAUCAUUUUCCCAACCUUGGCAGCUGAGCUCUAUACCGUCAACUUGAACGAUAGACUGUAUUCUCAAUUCUUAAGUGUCAUUGAGACGCUUGUUUCUAUAAAGCCAGUUGCUGCAAUCUUUUACCAGCUCGACGGAUUUCAACCUCCAGACCCAACCCAACCGCUUGACUUUGAAAACAAGACUUUACUUGGCUCCAUGUAUCGAUUAUCACCAUUGAUAGAUUCCAUUAGCGCUUAUUAUUUCGCCGAAACUGUCGAGCACGGACUGAGUGCACAAUUAAGUGCCAGUUACGAAGCUCUUCAAAACGAGUACAAGGUAGUGUCUGAUAGACUAUAUUUCAUCACCGACAAGCUCAUUCGUGGAUCUCCCGAAACUAGAAAUGCGCUCCUCAAAUGGUUUGCUGACUUGAUCAAUUUGAGUCAUUUGAGACGAGGAAGCCACGCAGACUUGUCAAAAUUACCCUCUGAUGGCAUCAUGUUCAAUAUUUCGUUAAUGUUGAUCAGACUCUGUGGUCCUUUCCUUGAUUAUCCCACUUAUGCCAAGAUUGACAAGAUAGAUAUGGACUUCUUUGGCAAAAGCUCGCUAAUCGAUGUUUCUGAAGAGUCAAGAAUCAACUCUUCUCUUCUGGAAGCCACUGAUUACGCCAAGGAUCAAGCAGGGGAGACAAAUUUUAUUUCUGACUGUUUUUUCUUGACUUUGGCAUAUUUCCAUUAUGGAGUUGGAGGUAUCUACUUGCAUUACGACCGUUUGAAGUCUCAGAUCAAGCAACUCUCACUGCGUGUUGAACUCAUCUCAAACAACCGUGUUCCACCUGGCACAAAUCCCAUGAUGUCUCACCUUUACCGAAACCAAUUACCAACAUUGCAAAAAUCACUCAAUAAAAUGAAGGCUUCCAAGCAUGCCAUUCAAGCAAUUUUUGGGUUUAGGUCUAUGCAAUUAGAGCUCUUCGAUUUCGUUAUCGGUACAACCACAUUUUUCACUCGGGUCGUCGAUCCCAAACAUUUGUUCCCCAAAUCUAAAUUGAAGAUCCCACUUUACUCUAUUGCAAGAGUUUCUGAAUUAGACGACCAUGAGUUUUUGCAAACCAAAACACCUAAGCCAUGGAAAUAUUAUCCUGAAUACAUUUUGGAGGGUGUUGUCAAUUAUUGCAAGUUUGUUACCAACUUUAGAAACCCACCUUUGUUUCAAAAUGACGAAAAACUUAACUCUUUCGUUGAGUUUGCAGUCAUAUUAUUACGGUGUCCCGAAUUGGUGGGAAACCCGCACAUGAAAGCACAUCUUGUGGAAGUUUUGUUCGUCGGUACAUUACCUUUGAUGGACGGUAGACCUGGCUUUAUUUCUAACAUCUAUAACACAAAUGAGUUGGUUCGAGAGAACAUUCUCUAUGCCUUGCUUGACUUUUACGUCAUGGUUGAAAAGACAGGCGCUAGUUCUCAGUUUUAUGACAAGUUCAACAGUCGUUACUGCAUAUCGGUGAUUCUUGAAGAGUUAUGGAAGCAUGGAACUUAUCGUGAACAGUUGAACCACUACUCAAAGCAUAAUGUUGAGUUUUUCGUUAGAUUCAUCGCCAGAAUGUUAAACGAUACCACCUACUUGUUGGAUGAGACUUUUAAUGAGCUCAAUCUGAUCCACAAGUAUCAGCAAGAACUCAAGAAGAGACAAGCUGGAGCAGAACCUGAUACAGAAACUUUUGGAAACGACGAAGAGUUGAAUGGAAACUUGGAUUCUGCCGAGAGUAAGGCAAAGUCCUACAUGGGACUCACGAACAAAACGAUGGAGUUAUUCAAGCUAUUCACCAAGCUGGUUCCUAAAGGAUUUGUCUUGCCUGAAAUUGUCGACCGGUUGGCCAGCAUGUUGAACUACAAUCUCGCAAUUUUGGUCGGACCCAAAUGCUCAAACUUGAAGGUUCAAGAUCCUCAGAAGUACGAGUUUGAUCCACGCAAAACGUUGGGAGAUUUGUGUGAAAUAUAUAACAAUUUGGCUACCCAAAACGAGUUUCUCGUGGCUGUUGCACGCGAUGGCCGUUCGUUUGAUGUCAGCUAUUUCAACAAAGCUGCCCAGAUCUUGUCGACAAAGACAUACACCGAUCCCAGAACUAUACAAACGUUCCAGGAAUUUGCUGCGAAGGCAGCUAAGCAGAAAGAAUUAGACGAGGACGAAGAGUUGGAAUUGGGUGAGGUACCUGAUGAGUUUUUGGAUCCUCUCAUGUUCACGUUGAUGGAAGAUCCAGUGAUCCUUCCCGGGUCCAAAAUAAGUAUCGACCGGUCUACAAUCAAAGCACAUUUGUUGAGUGACCCCACAGAUCCAUUCAAUAGAAUGCCUUUGAAAUUAGAAGAUGUGAAGGAAGAUGUCGAAUUGAAGCAAAAGAUACAUGAUUUUAAGAUUCAGAAGAAACAGGAGCGGCGACAGGAGACGGAAGAUGUCACAAUGGCCGAAUAA